CACGGAGACAAACAUCCGUCAGGUGUCGCUGUUGUACAAGCUCAGGGCCACAAUGGACGUUGCUGACGCGUUUGUUCGGUUGCUUUGGUGAUGCGUGGAAGUCAACUUGAGGCCAGCCUACGUACGCCCUCAUCACAGGACACAACACCCACAGGACACAUCUUACACACACAUACACUCCCUUUAUGUUGCCUUCUAACAUCACGGAACACACACACACAUCUCACACACACAUCACACACACACAUCUCACACAGCUUAACGUGGCUUUCUAACAUCACAGGGCACACACAACACACAUCACACACACAGAUCUCACACACACCUAAACGUGGCUUUCUAACGUCAUAAGACACACAUCUCACACACACAUCUCACACACACACACAUCUCACACACACACACAUCUCACACACACAUCUCUCACACACACAUAUCUCACACACACAUCUCACACACACACAUCUCACACACAUCUCACACACACACCUUAACGUGGCUUUCUAACAUCACAGGGCACACACAACACACAUCACACACACACACGCAUAUCUCACACACACCUAAACGUGGCUUUCUAACAUCAUAAGACACACAACACACAUCACACAUCUCACACACACGCACACCUAUACGUGGCUUUCUAACAUCACAGGAUACACAGAACACACACACAUUUCUUACACAAACACACCUUAACGUGACUUGCUAAAAUCACAGGACACACACAUCUUACACACACACACACCAUCCCGUUGCUUGCUCACAUCACCCGAACGGAGCGUCCCAACGUUCGGGAUCUCGAGCAGAAAUUAAAGUCUUGUUAUUCUUAAUUGUAACGCACCUGCCACAGGUGUGACGGCAUAUGGCCAUUUGGCUGUGAACAAAGGAGGGCCGAUUCCGGGAAGUGUAAUUGGCAGAGAAGGCAAGACGCCGCUUGCUGGCGAGUGAAGGUUGCCACCGCCAAUGGCUCAAGUGAACGUGCAGGCGUACAUGGAGACACACCGGGUCCACCACCUGUUCAAGGAGAUGCUUUCCAUGCUGUUGUUGGAGAUGCCCCAUCACCCAAUCCCGUGGCUCAUCAAUCACCUGCAGGCCAAGUUGGAGGUGUCCAGGUGCGCUCCACCAGGUUGGGCCCUGCCAUACGGUGACGCCGAGGACGGAGCGAUGGUGCUGGGGGACCUGGAUCCAGCUGCGCGUCCUUCAAACGUUGGUGGCUCCGACGAGGAAGCGGUAAAGUCUGGAAGUCCCCCGCACACCGCGGUGGCUCCUGCGCGAUCAUGCGAGACACGGCGGAGCAACUUCGUUGUCGAUCCAGGAGGAGGAGAUGGAGGUCAUGACCCCACAACUGACACCGCCAGGCUGCAGACUGGUGGCUUUGCUUGCAGAUGGAGACACGUGCGUGAAAAACAGGAGCUCAACACGAAGACUCUUUCCAUCACGCUCUCAAAGGGGCCGGCACUACCCACCCACAGUCCUUUGCUCCAUAACGUUUCCCAUGAUGCUCCAGGGCCAAAAGGUGGCCUGGACGAAUGGCUCGCAAGGGGCUUCACCCACGCGGCUCUGCACAGAGGGGGAACUCACGCGGGCGACGGAAAUAGGACGCGACCCACUCUGCUCAUGUGCGCUCACUGCACCAGGUUUCUUGAAGACGGUGACCAGUCGACGCCCAGCACCCCAUCCAUCUCUCCCCCUCCUUCCUGUGCCACCGUCAGCAACACACUCAGCAGGCUGUUCAGGAUCGAUGACAAUGAGAGAGGUGCUCAUGGCAACGAUGAUGAUGAUGGUGACACCAUUGUGGAGGAUUUAGCGAACGAGUCAAGCGAUGACUUUGAAAGUGCAUCUCAAGUCACCGGCCCGAGACAUCCCAUCUGGGAUAUAGAGGGAGACACUUCCCGUGUCACCGACCACUCCGCUAGAGCGCCACAUUUCACCAUCGAUGGACAAACCGAACCGUGGGCCUCUCGUGUCAGUGAUACCAUUACCAUGCAGACACAGCAAGUCCCCCGUAGCCCCCUGCCAGGUCCUGAGUGGGAAGGCGUUUCCCGAUCACGCCCCGCUUCGUCUCCUGGCAGCCCCAUGGUGAAGAGCGACCUUCCCAGGGCCAAGCACGUCAAGGCAAAGUCGCUUUGCGGGGAAGAUCGACGGGACUUUGAUGGAGGACGGUCACGGAAAGGGUUGCACGGCGGUACAGCUAGGCCCACGCAGUUAUCAGCAGGUAGUGGUGUAGGAGCCAGAAAUGAGAUGCCAUUCCUGGAGAUUAAGAAGCUCUUCCCGGAGCCAAGAAACAAAACUUCCAGUGCGUCUUCAAUUAAAACACGGAGAAACAGGCCUCGGAGUUUUGCAAAUGAACCAAAUAAAAAUCCGUUGAGUGCAACAGGGAACGUACCUGCUAGUGCUAAAGAUUUGAUUAGGCCUCUCUCUCCUAGCAACCGCAGUGAUUUGUUUGAGCAGCUUAGUAAGCAUAGCAGUAGACCCCAGAGUGGAAUAUCCCAGACUUCCAGAAAUCAAAGCAGCAGGCCACACACCCCAACAAAACAUAGUGAGGCGUUCCACCAGCCCAUUACCGACAACAGUAGACCUAAUACCCCUGCUUAUGAGUGUGGUACAUCACAACAAUCGAGAAUUAGAGGCAGCAGGCCACCGACCCCUGUUAAUCAGAGUGAGUCAUCCCAAGAAUUGACUAGCAAUAAGUUUUGGUCAUCAACUCCCAUUAGUCAGAGUGAGCCCUUCCACCAGUCUGUGAUCCAUUCAAGUAGUCCACAAACCCCCAACAGUCACCGGGAAACAUCUGCACAAUCUCCGAUUUUAGGGUGCAGGCCAGACACCCAUCCGAGUGAUAAUGAGACAUUCCAAAGGCCACAUCCCAAAACAAGUAGGCCACAGACCCCCAUUAGUCAGAGUGGAGGGACCAAACAGCCGAGCGGCAAUCCUAGUAGGCCUCAAUCGCCUAACAUUAGGAGUGAGGCAUUUCAGCAGAUUGGUCGCAGCAAAAGUAGGCCCCAGACGCCUAUCAGUGGUGUUUUAACAUCUCAAGACACUAUGAAUACUGCAAGUAGCAGACCCCAGUCUCCUGCUAAUAACAGUGAGCUAUCCCAAUGUCCAGUUGGCAGGCCGAGUAGGCCUCAAACUCCUAGUAAUGAGCGUGAGGCAUUUAAACACGCUGAUAUCGACAGAAGUUCACCACAACCACCUAUCAAUGAUUAUGAAACGCAACAGCAGGCUAGAAAUAUGACAGAUGGCAGUCCUGCCACUUAUGAUAAUCAGAGUGUACUGUCCCAUCAUCCCAUUGGUAAGUCUAGUAGGCCUCAAACUCCGAAUAGUGGCAGUGAGCCGUUUCAGAAGCCUGGUACCAAUAAAAGUAGACCACAGACUCCUACCAGUAAUUGUCCAACAUCUCACCAAACUAGAACCUCCACAAGCAGUAGACCUGCCACCCCUAGUAAUCCAAUUGGACUGUCCCAUCAUCCCAGUGGCAUCUCUAGUCGGCCUCAAACCCCUGGAAGUGUCCGAGGAUUGUCACACGAGUCAAGAGACAGAGGAGACGAUGCUGUGGUGACCCCAACUCGAGACGGCGGAGCGGAGAGCAAGGGACAUCCAGGCCCAGCGUUCGAGGAGCAGAGAGAUCCAGCGCGAGACCAGAGCCAUCUGGAGUUCGACAACACAGAGGCCUCAAUGCAGGGCUCCGCGCGUGAGGGAGGCGCCCAGUGAAGGGCCACCCCCCCCCCCGCCCUCCACCUCCUGGAGAGUGAAAACGUCGGCCUCUUCAUCGCCGUCGUGCCGCCGUGCCGUCGGCGGCGGCGGCCGUCCGUCUCCGUCGUCAAACACACGACACUGCAGUCGCUCGUGCCGGGAGAACGAGGCGAAUGACGAAUGUGUGUAAUGUACGUGCACGUGUGUAUGUUGAUCUUCUUUCGCACCGUACAUAGCCAAACCGUGCUCGUCGGAGGUGCGGGCGAAGAACAACAAACGGAACACAAAAACGCAGCUCGAAAGGAAUGGGUUUUCAAUCUGAAUUUGAAAGUGCAUAGCGAAUUAAAGAGAUAAAAUAACCUCUGUCUGAUGGAGUGCUUGCCACACGCUCAUACCCACGCCCUGCCCUGCGCCACAGUUCUGUCACCAUUUAGAGAUUGUAAAGUGAAAUACUCCGUACAAUGACGCACAGGGAGUGGAGUUUGGUCAGCCCCAUCCUUGGACUUGUAACGUUAAAAAACUUGUUGUUUAAUACUCAGAAGCUUUUCGAUUUAAAGCUUUCGUGACUGCAAGGAUUCAUCUUCUUUGGUUCUUUCGGUAAAGUCACGUAGAAUGAGAAUAAAAUAAUAAAAU